AUCGUAUACGAUCGAAUGGUUAUUGACACUGGGAAUCGAACGAUUAUUGCAUCACCCUUUGGUCUUACUUUGAGUCUGCAUGUGGACCAUGCAGUACAAACAAACUUACCAAUGUUGAAAUAUCGCACGCUACAUACAGCUCGAACUGCAGUAGGCCCAACUUCGAAGCCCAUAACUGUUCGAAUGUCAUCAACUGUAUCAAUGAAGAAAAAGAAAUGGCAUGUACCAGCUUCCAAGACAGCAAAAGAAACGUUCAAUCCCAUCAGAGCUAUCGUAGAUACAAUGAAGAUCAAGCCAAACCCAGACAAAAAAAUGAUUGCACUAUCUAUAGGUGACCCAACAGUUUUUGGUAACCUAGAGCCUCCAGAGGAAAUGAUCGAUGCAGUGAUAAAGAGUGCAAAGGCAGGCACUAAUAAUGGAUAUGCUCCAUCAACAGGUUAUCUUAGAUCCAAGGAAGCUGUGGCAAAGUUUUGUUCUGUUCCUAAUGCUGAAGUAGAAGUAAAGGAUGUAAUUUUUGCAAGUGGUUGUUCCAAUGCCCUGGAGAUGGCAAUAGAUGUUCUGGUCAACCCAGGUGAUAACAUCCUACUACCAUUACCAGGAUUCUCCAUCUACCAGACGAUAAGUGUGUCCAGAGGACACGAAGUUCACUUUUACAACUUACUGCCCGAAAAGUCUUGGGAAGUUGAUCUUGACCACCUUGAAUCAGUAAUUGACUCCAAAACCAGAGCCAUUAUAGUGAACAAUCCUUCUAACCCAUGUGGGUCUGUCUACACAAGGGAGCACUUGGAGGCAAUACUUGAAGUUGUGGUGUUAAUGACGGUUUUCCCUGGUCAGAAAUUCCAUGCACUGGCCUCUCUGUCCAAGAAUGUCCCAAUAUUGACAUGUGGAGCUAUCUCCAAGAGAUUCCUCGUUCCUGGGUGGAGGCUUGGAUGGAUUUUAGUACACGACAGAAAUGGCGCGUUUGAAGACGAGGUCAAGCCAGGGUUAGUGUCAUUAUCACAGCAGAUUCUAGGACCCAACACGAUUAUCCAGGCAGCGCUACCAGAUAUCUUGGAAAACACUCCACGCAGCUUCUACGAAAACGCCAUUAAUGUUAUGCAGAAAAACGCCAAGUUGUUAUACGAAGACCUGCACAAGAUUCCAGAACUAAACCCCAUCAUGCCUUGCGGCGCCAUGUAUAUGAUGGUAAGCUAGACCCUUGAGUCAUCCU